AUGUGUGAGGUAACGUUUGGGGACGUCGAUUGCGGUGCCAAUGAUUCAUUAAUAAGGGAUGAGGACAAUCAGUGGGCUGCAUGUGGGCGAAAGUUACAAAGAGGAGAUAUUUUCAUUAAAACGAGAGGACAAACUGAAAUAUUGGUUGAGGACAGUAGUGCACCCUUCCCCGAUCUACCUCCUGAACUAUGCGACCCGAUGCGCCGAAAGAUUACAUCUUUAAAACCCUCACUAACUCCCGGGGCAGGAACCCGUGUUGUGCGAAGAAGGAAGCCUGCAAGCCAUGUGUUUGUGGCGGAACCUAUCUCGGACUCCGAAGAGGCUUUUCGGCGUUGGAGAGAUGCGAUGCGUGCAGUGGCGCGACUACCUGAUGGUAUCCCACCUAAAUUUCGUCGACGUGUGUGGCUCGCUCUGGCCAAUCACCAGUUCAACGCACAGCAUUUAAAUUGGUUGCGUCUUAAGCAAAACCUCUUUGCUCCGCGCUGCGCAAAGACCGUGGAGGACGAACGUCUUGGUCGUCAGAUCGUCAAAGACCUCCACCGAACCGGUUGUGGCGAGCUUGUGGAAACAGAGGACGAUAGGGAGGCAUUGAAACGCGUGCUAACAGCUUACUCUCGGUGGAAUCGACGCGUCGGUUAUUGCCAAGGCUUCAAUAUCAUUGCAGCUGUUAUUCUAAAUGUCAUGGAGAGGAAUGAGGAGGAGGCACUAAAGAUUAUGAUCUUCCUCAUUGAUUUUGUACUCCCUGAGUCCUACUUCACAGGAAACCUGCAGGCUCUGUUCGUCGAUGUUGCCGUGUUCAGGGAAUUACUGGCUGUUCGUCAACCAGAACUGGCCGCACAUUUGCAGAAGCUACAGGAGGAUGCCGCCGUCGAGGACCCCAAGUUCUCCACCAUCGCGUCAACGAAGUCCUCCUCUGAGCCCCCACUGACAAAUCUGUACGCCAUUCAGUGGUUCCUAACCCUCUUCUCUACAUGCCUCCCGAUGGACGUUGUUCUGCGGACCUGGGAUGCCCUCUUCCUUGAAGGCUCAGAAGUCGGGCUCAGAGCCGGCCUUGUUGUGAUGGACAUCCUCUCAGAGGACCUCAUGAAGCUGACCUCGGCUGAUUCAUUUUACUCCAGCAUGAACCGGUGGAUGGAAGAGAUCGCAGAGGGUUCGGAUCGUUCGGGCAUGGAAACGCGGGACUUCAUCCGUCGCGUGUAUGAAAUCGCUCCUCUUCCGUGGCAGUUUGUGGGCGACCUGCGGAAGAACUACACCAACCGGAUCUCCAGCUGUCAAGGUGAAGAGAGCAUCCUGCUCUACGGUGACGUGUACUACGAACAGUCGAAGGAGAAGACAAAGUCCAAGUGGUGGCAAAUUAAGCCUAGACGACCGCUUGCCUGUUCAGACACGCCGGUGCAUUUACAGAAUCCGUCGAUGGUGCUGUGGGGCAGAGAGCACCUUGUCGGCUGCUUCCUUCACUUGGGCCACUUUCGACCGAUGCUGAGGGACAUGAAAGACGCUGUUCUGUGGGAACAGCUAGCACACAGCACCCUCCUAAAUUCUAUAAGACGCCGUGCCGAAGAUGGCGCAGAGGGGAAAGGAACUGAAGGUGGGACUGAAAGUGGCAGUGGCACCAACCACUCGCAGCCCAGUCUAUUCACGUCACCAUUGGACGGCCUUUUCAAGGUAAAUUCGCCUGAAGAACCCCUGAACGCAUCGGACGGAUUUUUCAACGAAUCGACAACCCCUGUGACGAAAUUUGACCUAUCGGACAAUGGAUCAACGGGCGAAUUGUCGGGGCUUAUCACUGAGGAGAAAACCUUGCCUCGGUUCCAAUGGUGGUUAGGGGCAAGCAAUCAGGACACUGACGCGCUUACAGAAGACAUCAACGACAAGUUACAAUCGAGAUGCCAAUGGCCUUUACCUACGACCAACGACUACUACGUCCCACAGACACCUGAAAAACCAACCACUUCUCGGCGAACUUCUAUUCAUGUCGACGACAGCGUGCUCCAAACUAUCGACGAGUGGCAAAGGAGGAAUGUGGUCGCAGUCUCCAAUGGCGACCCCGACGGAAUCGACUCGAAGGACUCCAACACUCCUCCUCUCUUCACUGCUUCGGAAAGUUCCCCUUCCUCUCCCACUCCCCAAAAAACUCUUUUAUCAAUUGCGGCACAAAAGAGAGUACUCGAUUACGGUCGGCAGAAUAAUGAGACAAGCCCCCCAGACUCGCCUAGCCUCACAUCUCUCUUGGCGAAAACUAUUCUUAGAGAUCGUGCGAAGCCAGCGGACGACUUCACCUCCGCCGCCACUCAGGAACCUGCAAGGGGGCUUAGUCCAGCCAACAUCGUGGAGGCGGCCUCACUCGAGCCCCGAGCGGCGCCGUCGUCGCCCCCGUGGGCCGCCGCGAUGUCCGCCAUCAGCGCCAGCACCGUCGUCCGCAAGAGGACGCGCGAUUCCAUCACGGCGACAGUUGACGGCGAGCCGAAAAGUCAUUAG